ACCGCCGAGUAUUCUGAUUUUCAAUUAUGGCUGUUAAUGCAGGAUCUAUGACGUCUUCCAGUAAUUCCAAAUACAUUUCACCGGUCAAAUUUCCAGAUAGAAGCCCUAUCCCGAGUUCUUCAAAACGGAAUGAAACAACAACGCUUACGAGGAAGAAUCUGGACAGAUGCAACGAGAAUAUCUCGAACGGUCAUAUCGUUGUCCGCUUCGCUUGAGAAGAAUGAGAAUCGAUGUGGCAACUACAAAGCCAGAGCUGGGACAGUUCAGGCAGAACAAGGUUCUCGCUUUUCCUUAGGGCUUCCGUCCUCCCACAUCACCGAAACAUUUUCUGGAUGGGCCUCUGCCCUUAAAUCCGCUCAUCCCUUUUUUACACAGUCAUUCUUAAUACUUUUCGUCUGAUUUUAUUUCAUAAAGGCCGUCUGUCACGAUACGACAUUUUGUUCAUAAUUCGGUAUCAAAUUUUGUGAAAAAAAUGCGUUGCUGAAUUUGGUUCCCAAUUUUUUUUAACAAUUUCAGUUGUCUGUCACGUAAAGAAAUGUUUGUAAUAAAUUUUAAACGAAAUCAUGCACAGCCGGCAGAAAAACUAUAACUGUCAACUUCGAACUGAGAUUUGUCACGUCAAUGUCAUUCUAGCCACACUUUUCAGUGCGGCUUGCUAUUUGAUUCCUUUAUUACUUUAAACGAAUAGAAACUGGAGCAACCCACUAAUUCAAAUCUAUUAUAAGCGACUGCGGCAGCAGCGAGAUCUGCGUUGUUGAAAGCAUUUGAACAGCAAGAAAAUAUCAAGGAAUCACCACAAAUCAUGCAAUUGCUUGUCACGUAGCGCUUCUAGCAACCAUUGUAGCAUUGUACUUCUCCCAAUAGUCCCAAGUCCCAGUGCAGUGUCGUGACAGACGGCCUUAAUGUGUAUACCGAUGACUAAUAAAAUAUUUUUUUUCUCAACAUGAAAUAUUCGUUAAAUAUUUAUUCAAUAUUUAAUAAUAUUUUUAUCUGAC